AUGUUAAGGAAAAAUAAUAAGCAUCCUCUUAAAUAUUCGAUUAAUGAUUACAUAUGUAUUGCAGUUUCAAGAAUAGAUUGUAAUGCCAUUGAUCAGCCUACUCUGCCUUGCAAAGUAAUUGAGGAAUUGCCAAAAGAAACAUAUCGCUUACAAUGUAAAAGUGGGAUACUUGAAACUAUCUACAAUGCAAAUGAAAUUAUACCACUUGGGCCAUUAGAAUAUGAAGAACUUGAAGUUUGUCAAGACAAAAUUAUUAGUGUACAAGAAGCUGCAAGAAUGCAGUCUGUUUCUACUGUAACUGGCACGAAGUGUAAUUGCAAGGGUGAAUGCAAAAUUAAUUCUUGUAGUUGUAGACGUUCUAAUUUGGUGUGUGGAAACGGGUGUCAUCCACAUAGUAAUAAAUGCAAAAAUAGAGAACAUGUUCUUUAUUAA